UGCAGGGCCCCCACCUCCCCGCGGGGCUCCCCUCCUCCUCCCGCUGUCUGCGCUCGUCUUCCCCUGCCCGGCCCGCCGCAGCCUUCCUCCAGGCCCUGGUGCCAGUCCCUGGGGCGCUGGGCCGGGCGCAGAGCUAGGGCUGGGGGCGCCGCCGCCGUUCGGCCGCGCGAACAUGGAGGAGGCGCAGCGCUCCCGCUCUCACACGGUCACCACCACCGCCAGCUCCUUCACUGAAAACUUCUCGGCGGCCAGCGGCAGCUUCGCCUACGACAGGGAGUUCCUGCGCACCCUGCCCGGGAUCCUCAUCGUGGCCGAGAUCGUUCUAGGGCUGCUUGUGUGGACGCUGAUCGCUGGAACAGAGUACUUUCGGGUCCCUGCCUUUGGCUGGGUGAUGUUUGUUGCAGUAUUUUACUGGGUCCUCACGGUCUUCUUCUUAAUCAUCUACAUGACAAUGACCUACACCAGGAUCCCGCAGGUGCCAUGGACCACAGUGGGCCUCUGCUUUAACGGAAGUGCCUUUGUCUUAUACCUUAUUGCUGCCAUUGUGGAUGCUUCCUCAGUUACCAAAGAGAGGGACAGCCACAACUACAACAGCUGGGCUGCCUCGUCGUUCUUUGCCUUUAUGGUCACAAUCUGCUAUGCCGGGAACACGUAUUUCAGUUUUCUGUCUUGGAGAUCCCGGACCGUGCAGUGAGCGCCAUCUCGACAACGAUAUUCAUCGAGAGAACUUCGGGAAAAGCCGCCGCGGGUCCAUUUCCAGAGAUCUCUGGUCGAAGUGUGUUUUUGUACUCUUAGUUCCAUUGUGGUCGCUAUGGUCAGUUUGCAAGUAAAAUGGAUACUUGUUUACAAAAUGCUGUAAAUCCUUAGGGCAGAACCUUUUCAGGACAUUGUUACAAACCUCACAAAUCCUAUUUUUCCUAGACAGUUAGUAACAGAUUUGCUAAUAUUAAGACUGUAUCCAGUUUGUAAACCGAACUUGUAAAAUGCCAGAUCUCUCUCUUUCUCUCUUUUUUUUUGGAUUAAAUGGUUGAAAAUCA